AUGAGACGUUCAUGGCCAACACGCCUCAUCUUCUUGAUGAUUCUCACCAUUAUCGUCACCAUGAUUGCAGUAGCUUAUUCAUCAUCAAAUCAUAAGUUUCCUCAUUACAAGUAUAAAGCCCCAGCUCCUCCAACGACAUAUUCUCCUUACCGGUAUUUCUCACCACCUCCGGUGACAGAUUCAGAUUCUGGAGCUUACGAUCGAUGA